AUGUCGGCUGGAAACUUGCUCGAUCUCCUGGUUCGGGCUGCCCAAAAUGGCCCAGAAAGGGGCAUUAUGGUAUAUGACACCGCCGAAAACGAACAUAACCCGUCGUUCAUGACCUACGAGGCUCUCUUAUCCCUGGCCAAACAGAUGUCGAUGAACCUAAGGCAGCUGGCCGACGUGGAGGGUAAAGUGGUGUUGAUGUACUUCUCGGACCAUCUGGACAAUAUUAAAUGGUUUUGGGCCAUUAUCGCUGCUGGGGCUGUGCCAUGUAUCUGUCCUCCUCUUUCUAACGAUUCGGUAAUUCGAUUGGAUAGCGUUACGCAUUUGAGAAAGCUCUUAAAUGAGCCACUUAUUAUCACGUCCAAGGCUCUGGCUGCAGAGUUUAAGGGCCUGCAUUGCCCUUUGGUAUUGUCAACGAGCGAUAUUGAAUAUACGGAAUUCGUAUUCCAAUAUAAAGAGGCGACUAUAAAGAAUCCGGACCUGGCUGUUCUCAUGUUGACAUCUGGGAGCACCGGCAGCUCCAAAGCAGUCUGUUUAAAAUAUGGGCAGAUCCUAGCGUCGGUGAGAGCGAAAAGCGUACAGCAUGACACUAGUCGGAGGGAUAUCUUUCUUAACUGGGUUGGGAUUGACCACGUUGCGAACCUCACUGACAACCAUCUUCAUGCCGUCAGCUUGGCUGCGCAGCAGUUCCACGUCAAUGGGCCGGCGCUUCUUGCCCACCCAUUACGCUUUCUUGAAUGUAUCAGUAAUAACAAGAUCACAAUUACCUUUGCGCCCAACUUCUUCCUCGCGCUCUUGGUUCGCAACUUUGAAGCUGCCAAUCAGUUGACGAACGGGCAUCGAACCGAGAAGUCGACUCCGGAUUUUGAUCUUUCCUCUCUACGUGCAGUGCUUUCCGGUGGCGAGUCCAACGUUGUCGAUACAUGCGAUAAACUGACCCGGCUUUUAUCGCAAUACGGUGCUCCCAUAAAUCUCAUCAGGCCCGGCUUCGGAAUGACAGAGACUUGUGCAGGCUGCAUUCAUAACGUCGUCGAUUGUCCGCAGUACGACAUCGAACAUGGUGUCGAGUUUUGUGCGCUUGGUGAGGCGAACCAAGCAACCAAUAUGAGAAUCACCCUUCAGGACGGAACCAAUGCGAGCGUAAACGAGAUCGGAUCACUCGAGGUGUCCGGUCCGUCUAUAUUCAGUGGUUAUUACAACGAUGUGAAGGCCACAAAGGAAGCAUUCACACCUGAUGGGUGGUUUAAGACUGGAGAUUUAGGAUUGCUUGAUUCCAAUCGAAGAUUGAGACUGACAGGCCGCGAGAAGGACAGCGUCAUUAUUAAUGGUGUCAACUACUCAUCCGAGAGCAUAGAAUGCGCCAUCGAAAAGGCGGCCAUCCCGGGCAUCACCCCUUCCUAUACAGUUGUCACCGCCUAUCGCCCGGUUAACUCACCCACAGAGUCCCUGUGCAUUGCAUACCUCGCUGCAUAUUCAAGUGACGACAAGCAAACUCGACUGAGUACUGCCGCUGCUAUUUCAAGGGCCGUCAUCAGAUACUGCGGAGCCCGGCCAUUCAAAAUCGUUGCAUUGCCGAAAUCAUUGCUGCAAAAGUCGUCACUCGGAAAACUAUCUCGUUCGAAAAUCCAACGAGCAUUUGAGGACGGUACUUCUCUCGAAUAUGAGACCAAGGAUAGCACAACUAUGGAAACUUCUAGGAGCGACAUUGUUAAAGCCUUUUCUGGAACAGCCACCCAAAAAAUAAUUCUAGAGGUAUUCUACAAACUCCUUACGCUGGAUUCCGGUCAUCUGGGGGUGGACAUCCACAUCGACAGUGAUAUGUUUGAGCUAGGACUCUCUUCCAUCGAUAUGCUGAAGCUUAAGGUAUACCUCCAAAAGUCAUUCAACAUACAGGAUAUCCCAAUAACAAUAUUCUUCUCGAAUCCUCUUCUUGGUCAACUCAGCCAGGCUAUAGACAAUUUGAAGAAAGGAGACAAAAUCACUGUCCUACAGCCUCAUGGGGAGAGCGACUAUGACCCGAUCACCGUCCUACAGCGUCGGGGGACUAAGACGCCCCUGUUUUUAAUCCACCCAGGCAUGGGUGACGUUUUGGUCUUUAUGAAUCUUGCUCGACUAUUUGACGAUCGGCCACUGUACGCACUGCGCGCCCGAGGAUUCGACGGCGAAAAGUACUUUUCUUCCCUUGGCGAAAUAAUAACACUCUACCACAACGCCAUUAAGCGGGUCCAGCCUAAAGGGCCGUAUGCACUUGGAGGUUAUGCAAUAGGCGCCAACAUUGUAUUUGAGGUUGCAAAGGUUAUGGAGAGGAACGGGGACAAUGUGAAAUUUCUCACAGUCAUCGAUCAUGGCCCCCGUCUCAAGGGAUGGGCACGAACUAACGAUUGGUACGACUCUGUGGUGGCUAUUUCAUUCUUCUUGGGUUUCGUCAACAAAAAAUUUGUAAGGGCUGUUUCUAAUUUACGUGAGAAGUCACAUGAGGAGGCUCUGGAUUGUAUCUUCUCUCUUGCGCACCCCGCCCGGCCAGAUGAAGUUGGGACGACUCGGGAACGCCUAGAUAACUGGGCAAAGCUGGUUGAUAACCUUGUGGCACUUUUCCGGGAUUAUGAUCCCGAAGGAUCCGUCGAGAACAUGGAUGUGAUUGUUCAGGACCCUUUACAGGCGAGUGAAUGGAGCACGCCUCCAGUGAGAUUAUUUCAAUGGAGAGAAUUCGGGAAAAACACCCGGAUCCAUGAGGUUACAGGCUCACAUGAAACUAUGAUAGAGCCACCUCAUGUACAUGGGUUGAAGAGACUACUGGAAAGGUUGAUGGAGGAGCGUGGUUUGUAG